AUGUGGCAGGAAAACUGGAUCAGGCUUCCAGGUGUAAGACUGCUCAUGUCCUUUUUUAUUAUUCAUACUACCAUCCAAGCUCAGGUAAGAGACAGUUGGAAUCUUCAAAGUGAGAGAAUGCUGUACUCUUCCUCUGGACUAUGGACAACAUGGGGAUCAUGGACUACUUGCUCCAGUUCAUGUGGGGAUGGAGUAGUACUUAGGAGCCGCAAGUGUCUAAGGAUUUCUGCAAAGGACACAUGUGUCGGAGAUCUACGACAAUACAAAUCCUGUCAUUCAAAGAAGUGCCCUGCAGAUGCCGUACCUUUCAGAAAUGUGCAAUGUGCUGUCUACAAUAACAGACCAAUACCAGGUUCAUCUGAGAAAACAUACAACUGGGUGCCAUUUUAUGGAGCUUCCAAUGCCUGUGAUUUAAACUGUUUGGCUGUUGGAUAUAACUUUUAUUAUACCUUUGGGCGAGUACUUGAUGGGACCAGCUGUGGAGAAGACUCUGUCGGUACCUGCAUCAGCGGCAAAUGCCUGACAGCAGGCUGUGAUGGUGUUCUGGGAUCUGGGGAGACUGUUGACUCAUGUGGAAGUUGCGGUGGCAAGAAAGACUCCUGCAUUUUUAUCUGGAAUGUUUUCCGGGACCCUUAUCCCUCUACAGGGUUCUUUCAAUACAAAAAUGUAACACGGAUUCCAGCUGGUGCUUUACAUAUUAAGGUGAAAGACCAAAGCCGCAAUAUUUUGGGUUCUCUUUCAGGUGCAGAACCCAGGCAUUGA